AUGAGUAUCGAAUGCAGUGGAGAAUUGUACUUUUAUCCUCCAUUCACGACUAUGUCGAAGGAGCUAAUUUCGGUGUAUAAUCCUCAUGAGGAACCUGUCAUCUUUAAAGUGAAAACGACUGCUCCUAAGCAAUAUUGUGUCCGUCCCAACUCUGGACGAAUUGAUGCCAAGUCCAGCGUCAACGUACAAGUCUUGCUUCAAGCCAUGAAAGAGGAACCUGCUCCUGAUUUCAGAUGCCGUGAUAAAUUUUUGAUCCAGAGCAUGGGAAUUGGCAACGAAAACACGGAAGGUGUUGAAAACUACCAGGACUUUUGGACCGAAAUGGAAAAGCACGGUAGCCCCGUUCAUGAUCGUAAAAUUCGAUGUGUCUACCAAGUCAACCAGACCCGUAUUCCUGCUUCAUCCGAAAAGCAAAAUGAGAACACUGCAGAUGCUUCCAAUGCUACUGACUCCCCUAAUAGUGCUGACAUUGGUGCUGCAGGUAUUGCUCCUACCGCUGCUGCCCUCUCUUUGGAUGACACCAAAAAUGACUUCAGCAAUGACAAGGUUGACCCUACUGUUGAUGAAAGCUUGCGAUCUGCUGUUUCCGACGCUGGAGUGAACCAAUCUUUCAACGAUAGUCCUGUCAAGGAUGCUGAAAAAACUGGUGUUCCCGUGGACUCCGACUUCACAGACAACGGGGCUCAAAACACCUUAGAUACUACUGCUCCUGAGCCCGUUCGUCGUAACAUUUCUACUACUCCACCCUCCCACGCUCCCCCUCCUGUUCCUAGCAAGGAAGCCAACCAUUUUGUCCAGCAAACGAUGGUAGCAAGCGGUGAUGACGUCCCUGCUACUGUUGGUGAUGACACUCGUGAAGCUGUCAAUGUAGACCAAGGUGUGGUUGCUCCCUCACAAAAAGAAGAUGUUGUCGCCAAGGAUACUAAGCCUGCUUACUCUGCUGAGCCUUCCACCAUCGCUAAUGCCGCUAUAACCAACACUCCAGGUAUUCCACCUAAUGUUGUCGUCGUUCUUUGUCUCAUUUUCUUCCUCAUUGGCUAUCUGUUCUUUUAA